AUAAUUUUUAUUGAGCUUCUGGAUGAUUAAAUCUACAUUCUCGUGGGUUAGAUGAAUUCAGGUUACCAUCCUUAUCCAAAAUAUUUCAAGAAUGCUGGCAAAGGAAAUGUACAUUCCUUGUUCGAAAAGCAGUUAGGGUACCAUAAUAUUUUCCUCCAUUGAACUUGGGCAUCUAACUUUUUUUUCCUCCAUUUAACUGCAUAUAUUUACAGGCAGCUUUCUUUCGCUCUUUUCACCCCAUCACUGACUGCCCAUCAUUUUAAAGGAAAAAAAAACAUGGAAGUAAUCAAUUCCACUGCUACAGAUUCACAUGUUGAAGAUGAUAAUAGCUCUAUCAUCUACAACAAAGCUGAAGAAGUCAAAGUGUUUGAUGAAACUAAAGCUGGUGUUAAAGGGCUAGUAGAUUCAGGAAUCUCCAAGAUUCCUAGGUUUUUUAUUCACCCACCAGAGAAUCUUCAAAAAUCAUGUUCUAGCAGCCUCCUGAAAGUUCCGGUGAUUGAUUUCGAAGGAUUUGACUCUUGCUGGCGUAGAAGGGAAGUGGUUAAUGAGAUUUUGAAUGCAGCAGAAACAUGGGGUUUCUUUCAAAUGGUAAACCAUGUGAUUCCAGUAAGUGUUCUUGAUGAAAUGUUGGUAAGUGUUAAAAGAUUCCAUCAGCAACCACAGGAGUUGAAGAUGGAAUGGUAUUCAAGGGACUCUAAGCGCAAAGUUAGGUAUUUCUGUAAUGGAGAUCUUCUUGUUAAUAAAGCACCUGCAAACUGGAGAGAUACUAUAGCUUUUGAUUUUCAGGAUGGGAAGCUAGACCCUAAUUUCUACCCCCACAUAUGCAGAGAAGCCAUAAGCAAAUAUAUGAAGCACGUGGUAACAAUGAGCAAGAUACUAUCAGAACUACUGUCAGAGGCACUAGGGCUUCCAAGUGACUACCUUUCAGGGAUGGAAUGCAUGGAAACAGAAUCAUUGGUAUGCCAUUACUACCCAGUUUGUCCAGAGCCAGAAUUGACAAUUGGCGCUACAAAGCAUACGGACCCUUCAUUUCUUACCAUAUUGCUUCAAGACAAUGUAGGUGGCCUCCAAGUCCUUAAUCAAAACCUGUGGAUUGAUGUGCCUCCUCAACCAGGAGCCCUUGUAGUAAACAUAGGAGACUUCUUGCAGCUGAUCACCAAUGACAAGUUGAGAAGUGUGGAACACAGAGUUGUGGUUGGAGGAAUUGAACCCAGAGCCUCAGUUGCAUGUUUUUUCUAUCCAAGCACAGCAAAUAAAUUUAAACCUUAUGGAGCAGUAAAGGAACUUCUAUCAGGCAAUCCACCCAUUUACAGGGAAACUCAUAUUAGUGAAUAUAUGGCCUACUUCAGAUCCAAGGGAUUAGAUGGUAGCUCAAAUCUCCCUCAUUUUAAACUAUCAUAGCUUGCUGCACAAUUUCCAGACAACAAAAAUUCUUGGGAACUAAACUCAUCCGUAAUAAAGUCAUCUACUUGCUCCCUGUGACAUUCUUUCUGUUCUUUUACAGUUUCAACUUUUAACA